GCGUUUGGUUUUAUUUCGUUUCCUGGUUAUACCAGAAUCGGCAGAAAUUUCCCUCAUCGGCAUCCAGCGAGGAAUGAAUUAAGAACGCUUUCUUCUAACUAGGUUUUUGCUUAACUUCACUAUGGUUGUUACGGCUGAAGUGCUUCGUGAUAAACUCUUGAAAGAGCUUGAAGCCGUACAUGUGGAGAUUGAAGAUACAUCCCCAAACAGAUGUGCGGCCAGCUUCAAAGCCCUAAUAGUGUCCUGCCAGUUUGAGGGCAAACCACUGCUACAGAGACACAGGCUCGUCAACGGCUGUUUAGCUGCAGAGCUGAAAGAAAUCCACGCAUUUGAACAGAAGACUCUCACACCGGAACAGUGGGAAAAGCAGAAAUCGCAGUGAUGAACGCACACAUUGAAACAUGCACGGAUACGUUUACGGUCGAGUUACAUAGUGUAAUUUAACAAAGUUACUCCAAUGUAUCAUACAGUAUUAGUAAUGAUGGAUUUAACUUUCAAUGAGUAAAUCUUUCCCUUCCUC